UGUCAAGAGAACGUACUGGAGAGACUCCCGAUUUUCUUUUUCAUAAAUUGAAUUAAAAAAACCACUGGAGACCCUAAUUCCUGCAAUAAUUCAAAUAACAGAAUGGGCUCCACAACUAAAUUAUUAAACAUCUGUAAGUUAUUAAAUAACUUGACGCUGCACACCAGCGUAAGCAACUAUGGUCCAUCGAUUUCCUCACUAAAAAGCACAUAUUACAGGAGCAUAAGCACCACAACUCCCAGGAAUGAUUUAAUGGAAUUUUUCGACCACAAAGAUAAUUGGGGCCAGCGUGAAAUCAAAAGUGGUCGGUCAUGGACAAAGGACGAAAUGAGACUGAAAUCGAACUCAGACUUGCAUAAACUUUGGUAUGUACUUCUUAAAGAGAAGAAUAUGCUCCUGACAAUGGAGGAGGAGUGUAAGGAUCAAACGAUGCUGUUUCCCAGUCCUGAAAGGAUCGAUAAGGUAGAAGAAUCUAUGGAAAAUUUAGAGGAGGUUAUAAGGGAGAGAAACAGGGCUUAUCAUGAGCUAGAAACAGGAGAAAAUGGAGAAAGACCGGGAAAAGUAACAAAGAAUGUCUUUGGGCUUACUUAUUAUUACAAGAUGUCCGAACAUCCUAUACCACAAUACAUGAAUAAAAAAUGGCAAGAGAAAUACAAGUUCUAUAAAUAUGACACUGAUGUUGAGGCAUUUUUGCUGAAAUAUAGGGAAAAGUUGUACCUUAAUAAAAAGAAACAGGAAAGGAGAAAUUUCAACCAUGUAAUCGGCCUAAUGAACAGAUUCCCCAACAUGAACAUGGAGGCCGUUAAAAAACAAUUUCCCGACGUCGAUAUAGAAAAAGUGAAACGCAGCAGGAAAUUCGGCGGACAUUUUGUACCCAAAUAAGAAUAAAACAAUUUGUUUACUGUAUAAUUGUUUAUUAACAAUAAAUAAUUACAACACUAUA